AUGGACAGGGAUAAAAUACUUAGAGUCAAAAGCUGCACUGCUAAGUUGCUAGCUUUGAAUGAGCUGGAGGAGAAAGUAUUAAAGCAAAGGUCUAAGAUUGAGUGGCUUAAAUUGGGAGAUGGAAAUAAUUCCUUUUUUCAUGCUUCUUUGAGAGCAAAACAUGUUUCCAAGGGUAUGCAUCUGUUAUAUAGGGAGGAUGGUACUAUGCUCAAGACUCAAAAGGAUAUAGAACAGGUGGUGGUGGCUUUCUAUGAAAGUUUAAUGGGCACUGCAGUCAUACCUGUUUCCUACCGGUUUAAUGUAAAUGGUGUGUAUACCAAGAUCAUGCAAGCCAAACGAGGACUACGGCAAGGGGAUCCCCUCUCCCCUAUGAUGUUUGCCAUUAUGAUGGAGGGUGACAUGAAUUCAGUAGAGCAUUUAUUGAAGGUGUUGCAGCAGUUCUCGAGUUCCACGGGAUUAGUGGUCAAUCCUAGUAAAUGCAGGUUGUUUCUCGGAGGAGUUGACAGUGAUACCAGAAUCCAAAUUCAAGCGCUGACUACAUUCCAAGAUGGAGAGCUACCAUUCAGAUAUCUUGGUGUUCCGAUGACAAGCAAGAGGUUAGAUAUCCAGCAUUACUCAAUCCUCAUUGAUAAGAUUGUUGCUAGGGUGGUGAAGCAUAUUAAUUCUAUAUGUAGGUCAUUUGUUUGGACUGGUGGAACUGUUGUGACCAGGAAGAGUCCAGUGGCCUGGCAUAGUGUGUGUAAGCCUCGGAAAAAUGGAGGAUUAAAUGUGUUGGAUCUGCAAUAUUGUAGUGACAUAGCAUUGAUGAAACUGCUAUGA